AUGAAGAUUCUCACAAAGGAAGAAGAGCAGGAGCACUACAACGCUACCAUCUAUGGAGGUACCAUCGGUGGUCUGCUCGGUACAGCAGCUGGUGCCGUCGGUGUCUUGGGCGCCAGCAGNAGAUACCCUGCUUUCCGCGGUCUUUCCCUGCCAUUCCGCGCCUUCCUGAUCACCAGUGCCGGUACUUUCGCCGCCAUUAUCCAGGCCGACCGUUACUCGCGCCAGUACGAGGCUAGCCGCCAUCCCGAGAAGGAGUACACCGACCAGCAGCAGACCCUGCAAGAACAGCUCGAGUCGCAGAAGCCCUUCUCCCAGCGCGCAAUGGACUGGGGAAACAAGAACAGAUACAGCAUUGUUUUCGGUUCAUGGGUCGCCUCGAUCACCGCCGCCUUCGGCAUUGUCGGCCGCAAUCCCUACCUUAGUGGUCAACAAAAGCUCGUCCAGGCUCGUGUUUACGCUCAGGGUUUGACUCUGGCCGUCGUCAUUGCCAGUUUGGCACUCGAGGCCAAGGACAAGAACCAGGGCGAGGGCCGCUGGGAGACCGUCAAGGUCCUCGACCCUAACGAUCCUACCCACAAGCACGUCAUUGAGAAGAAGAUUCACCACGAGCGCUACUCGGGUGAGGACCAAUGGAUGGACAUGGUCGCUGCCGAGGAAGAGCGUAUCAAGCAGCGCGAAUCCGCCGUCAAGCAAAAGGAGUCCGAAGACGAGAAGAAGGGCAAGAAGGUCAAGAAGCACGAGGACCUCGAGCACGCCGAGAACAAGUCCAACGUCCAGGCUCCUUGA